AUGGCGGUGACCAAGUGGACACCUCAGGGAGCCCCCAACCAAACCCAGGCCAGCACUGGUCUCAGCUCCCUGCUGAGGGACCACAUGGAGGGGAGAAGCGGCACCAACUCCACCAGGGCCCUGAAACUUCCAGAUGGGACCAGCGCCGCCUGGUACAUUCUCACCAUCAUUGGCAUCUACGGAGUGAUCUUCCUCUUCCGGUUGGCCAGCAACAUCCUCAGAAAGAACGAUAAAUCCUUGGAAGAUAUUUACUACUCCAAUCUGACCUCCGAACUCAAAAAGAAAGGUCUCCAGAGCAAGGUGGCCGAAUGCUCUGCACUGACCAUCAGCAACAGAGCAGUCCUGCAGCCCAGCCAGGCCAGCCUGGGGCCAAAAUAUAAAAACAGUGAGUGCCAAACUGAAAUCCAGGGGAUCCCUUGA